UUUAAGGCCGUAGGCAUACUUUUAUUCGCCCUUUGUUUAAGCCAGGAGCCAUGAUAAGAGCCAGCGUUCUCAGCAGGACAGUUUGCCGUUUGGAAAAUUGUAAGUAUUAUCUAAUUACCUCGCUUGCGCCCCCCAUCUCAAAUCCAACCGCCAGCUUGAUCGACAAGGUGGGUUAGCGCGAUAAGCGCUCUGGGUCACAAGAUAAACGACCACAACCGCUUUUGAUAAUGACCUCUCUGCAGCAGCAGCAACAACGCAACAUCCUGUCAAAAUGGGUUCUUAACCACAUAUCUACGCAUAUGCUUUAACUCCACGACGGUUCUUUCUAUCUCUUCUCUCAAUCCAACAUCUUUCAGCCGGGGCUUCGUUCGCCAUCCCGACACCAACAGAUCCAAUACCAACCAAACCCUGGUUGCUUGGAUAUUACCAUCGAAAUGGCUUCCAAGUCACUCAUUCCGUUCCUGGUCACCAUGAUGUUGGUGACCGGUGUUUGUAACACGAUCCUUACAAAAUACCAGGACAUGCAAUGUGUACGCAACUGCGAUUCCCCCGACCCAAAAAAGAGGGAAUUGUUUGAACAGCCUGUCGUCCAAACCCUCCAAAUGUUUGUCGGAGAAAUGGGGUGUUGGCUGGUUGUGUUGGGAUGCAAUCUCUGGAAUCAGCAUAUCAGCCAUCGAUUCGGUGCUUCUACUGAAACAUCCCUUCUUGCCGGUGGCUACGAACCAGUUGACGGUGAAGAGGAUACCGAAUCUGAUGAUGAAUUGAACUCUACCUCCCCCUUAAAUGGCAGCCCUCGGGCUUCCGCUACCAAGAUCUCUUCUAGGGACCAUGAUGGCAGAAUAAAACUGAAAGAUUGGAAGGUGUUCUUGCUGGCUGCACCAGCAUGCUGUGAUAUCACGGGCACCACACUUAUGAAUGUCGGAUUGUUAUUCGUCGUUGCAAGCAUAUAUCAGAUGACCCGAGGUGCACUCGUGCUCUUUGUCGGUCUCUUCAGUGUGAUUUUCCUUCGCCGGAAAUUAUAUCUAUACCAAUGGCUAGCUUUGUUCGUUGUUGUCCUUGGCGUUGGACUUGUCGGGCUUGCCGGUGCCAUCUUUAAGGAUAAGCAUCAAGCGUUGGACGGAGCGCACCAAACUAUGGUUCAACUCUUUUCAAGGGCAGUAGAGGAUGAGGAUUUUGUUAUUGACACUCCAGUAGCUGUCAAGACUGUUAUUGGGGUGCUAUUGAUUGCGGGAGCGCAAGUUUUCACAGCCAGCCAAUUCGUUUUGGAAGAGUGGAUUCUUGAGAAUUAUGCCAUGGACCCUAUAAAGGUUGUUGGUUGGGAAGGAAUCUUUGGAUUCCUAGUCACACUUGUCGGGAUGAUAAUCCUCCAUCUCGCUAUCGGCAGUACCGAAAGUGGGAAGGGCGGAUAUUUUGAUGUCAGAGAAGGGUGGCACAACAUGACUACCAACAGGGCUAUUGCGGUAUCGAGUUUACUAAUCAUGAUCAGUAUCGGCGGCUUCAACUUUUUCGGCCUCAGCGUCACACGAUCAGUGUCUGCCACGUCUCGCAGCACCAUCGACACAUGCCGCACCCUCUUCAUCUGGAUCAUAUCUCUUGGCCUUGGCUGGGAGUCAUUCAAAUGGCUCCAGGUAGUUGGCUUCGCUAUGCUUGUUUACGGCACUUUCCUUUUCAAUGAUAUCGUAAACCCUCCUCUGAGAGCAUGCCUACCAACGGACCGACGAAGGGAAGAGCUAUUUCCUGAAGAGCCAAUCGAACAUAUGUAGAUGGGUAUAGUUUUCACACGAGCAAUGUCAUUGAGACUUUUCUUGCGGUAAUAGUUAACGGGUAUAGACGAUUUUGAAUAUUCGUGUUGUUUGUCUUGAAUCUUAUUUCGCUUGCGGUUCAAAUUUGGGUUCUCAGCUGACGUUCUUGAGGUCGACUUUCUUUGAAUAUGAGCAUUAUUUCUGUUGUUACGUUGACGGCGUAGAAGCAUGUUAUAUCGGGUCUUUCCAACCCAUGCGCAGGCGUUUCUCCAUAUGUUAUCACAAUUUACCAUUCUUUCAUUCAUCACAGCUAUAUACUCCAUAUCUACAACAAUUCAACAUUUCCACAUGGUUCGAUCUACACGUCUUCAAUCUGACAUCAUAUUGCCCCCUUGUUUACUUCAGCCCAUCAUAAACUUUCUUCUCAACAUCAAACCAUAACGGAACUAACUUGGCAUCCGCAAAUGGCAAAAUCUGCGUACAAAUCACACCAGCAAUACCAUGCUCCCGAUCACACCACCAGAACAAGUUCGCAAUACCCGCCCACAUUGCGCUCUUCACGCUCCUACCGGUCAAACUGCUCGUGAUCAUGAACGACAAGCCCCAGCCCUGCGGUUCAUUGUUGUUCAGGGGGUAGAUGUCCGGCACAUUGUUGACGAGGUCGGGUUUCUUGUUCAGCAGGUUACCUUGCCUGCCAAAGUUGGGCAUGUGGGGGAUAUGGUUUUGGAACAUAAGGUCGACGGUGGAUUUGGUGAGGAUUUGUUUGCCCGUUUUGGGCGAUGUGCCGUCGUUUAGCAAGGUGGUGAGGAUGUCUGGAUCAGGGUGGUAGGUGCGGGAGGCAUUAGCUUCACGCGCUGGGUGUUUGCGUAUGCAUACAAAUUCACACCUCGGCAAGGCAACACAAGAACCAGUGACAAAGAAACUUAUCAAUUAACUCACCCAAAUAAUCUUGCGAGGUGGAGAAACAACCCGCUCCGCCGGAAUUCAGCAUGCCUUUGGUCUCCUCCUUGUUCUUGGCCAGUAGGGGCCACCUUAACAAAUGAUCCCUCUGUGAUAAGGUGCCAUCUGGGUUCCGGGAAUGCAUAUAUGCCAGCCUCGCCUUCAUCUCAGCUGAAGGGAGCAUGCUGAUAUUCUUUAGCCCGAGAGGCUCGAAAAUAUACUUAUGGAAGUAGUCAUUGAGCAAGAGGCCGGUAACCCGCUCGACAGCGAUUCCUGCCCAGUCAAUGCCAACCUAUGAGUUGGGCUAAUGUGUCAGCUUAUGGAGAUAUUCUACUAAUUUCUUUGUUUCGGCGCUUCUCGAUAAUUAGGUAAAGUACGUACACCAUACUCAAACCCCUCGCCAGGUUGGAAGAUCAACGGCUGCGUAACAUCGUAUACGUGACCUGAGAAUUCAUCGAAGCCAAUAGGCCGGUUGUAGUCUCGAACCUGUUCAUUGAAAAAGGAAUAUCCAAAUCCCGCUAUAGUUGUUUACCCAAAUCAGCCCCAUCAUCUUACACAUCUUCUAGAAAUGCAAAACACUCUAGAACCGGGAUGAGGUGAAAUAAGCUUGGGCGGGGGGGAAAGAAAAAUACCAGUGUGCGUCAACAACAUCCUCAACGAAAUCCCUCUCUUCUUCUCCACCACCGUCCCAUCCUUCUGCAAGACUUUCAACUCCUUCAAUUCCGGGCACAGGCUUUCAAUCUGCCCAGCAUCAUAGAGAGAAAGUUUCCCCUGCUCAACCAGCUGCAUGCAAGCAAUUCCAGUAAUCAUCUUCGUGAACGAAGCGAUCCAAUAGACAGAGUCCAGGGUCAUGGGCUCGUCGACCCCCUUGCCGCGUUUGCCUGCGGCAUGGGCAAAGAGCUGCUUGCCUUCUCUGUCGGCUACGACGAAGGUCACCCCCGGGAUUCCGCGCUCUUGAUCCGCACAGGCAUUUUCAAGUGUCUGGCGGAUGGAGGUGACACUCUCGGGUGUGAGAUCUUUGCCCAUUGUCAGGUUGGGAUUGAUGGCUCUUUAGGGGCUCUUUAGGGGCUGUUAAUUCAUGUUCUUUCUCUGUAUAUAGAAAUAAAUAUAAAGAUAUUUUCAUCUCAAUACCAAGAACUUAGCAACUAAGUACGGCGUCAAAUGGGCAUUUUAUACUAGUGUUACAAUGAGCACACAUUAAUGCUAAUACAAUCAAGAUCUCCUCAUUGGAGGUUGUAUGAAAGAAUGACCCACAU